UUGCCCCGAGGGAGGGGCUGCUGGGUGACAGAGACAAAGGGGUGUGUGGCGGGGUGGGGUCACAAUGGGCAGAAGAGGAUAAAGGGGUCCCGCGGGGUGGUUUAGGCGGAGGUAGACGCUUAGGUUUCGGUUUCAGAAGGAGAGUGGUGGGAUUACGAUAGGCAGUCGAGGUUAUGGAAUCGAAGGGCAGGGGCUGUUGGGAGCUAGCCAUCAGGCUCAAGCGGAGGCCCCUCCUGAGUGAGCACCUACACCUGGGCGCCCCGGCGUCUGCCGGUGCCCGGGUCAUCUGCGCCCGCCAUGGCUCCAUGCUCUAGGCAGGGCAUGGUCUGGCUCCAGGGACCCGACUGUCUCUGGCACUGAGCAGUUGAUAAUCAACGCCCCGCCCUGUCCUCAGUCACUCAAGGACAGAAGAGCUUGCCGAACGCGACUGCUUGCCCACCUGCCAGAGAGGCCAGGGAAACAGGACACCUUGCAAAGGUGUGUUAAGGAAGGUGUGGAACUAUCUUGGGAACAGCCAUGAACGACCAGUUUAUGUUGCCGUACUAUACCGCCCAAAGCAGCCCUGCAAUGGGCAUGUUUAACACUCCCAUGGGGAAACUGCAGCGACAACUGUACAAAGGGGAGUAUGCUAUAUUCAGGUAUGCGCCAAUGUUCGAGAGUGACUUUAUCCAGAUCAGCAAAAGAGGGGACUUGAUCGAUGUGCACAACCGAGCCCGAAUGGUGACAGUGGGCAUCGUCCGCACCAGCCCCGGCCUCACACUACCUGAUGUCAUGCUGCUGGCCCAACCAGCUGCUACCAAUGGUGACAACAGUGCCAGGUGUGGCCCAGCCACCCAGAAAAGAGGCAGUAAGCCUACACAGAUCUUAGAGCUGACCAGGCUGUUUCCCUUGAAGUUUGUAAAGAUAACCAUUCAUAACAGUAUAAAACAACAGCUCCGCCUGAAGCUUAUCACUGGCCGCUCUUUUUACCUUCAGCUGUGUUCCCCUUCAGAUACAAGAGAUCUUUUUGUUCACUGGGAAAACCUUAUUUACAUCCUGAGACCACCAAUGGAGGCUUACAGCGGCCCCCAGGCCAUGCUAGAUGGGAACACAUUAAGCUAUGUGUUUGAGGAAGAGCACCCGAGCCCAGUGGCAUAUGCCAUGAAAUUCUGUGGCAGGAAAGAUCAAUUCAGCAUCAUGAGACUUCGCAUGAGCACUGAAGUGUCUGGGGCUACCUAUUUCAGUUAUGGAAGGCAGACGUGAAUUCAGCAUGCCUCCCACAUAUACUAUGUUUAUGAGUUCACACACUACUACAGUCACAUAACUUAUAAAGAGACAGUGGUGGCAGCAAGAGUAGUGGUGACAAUAAGCGCUACUGCAGGUGCCAUGGAUGAGGCUGUAACCAAGUCCACAGACUCAGAAGAGAAAUACAGCACUAGCAAGGGCACCCUUCAAAGGCCCAGGAAGAGGCAAAGUCUGCAUGGCCAAAGUGGGUGCUUCCAGUAUGUCUUAACAUUGUUCUAGUGAGGGCUGCAAGCACAUUCUUGUCAUCAAAGGGUUCUUGGAGCACAUCAUCAAGAGCUGCUGGCCUCUCUCCAGAGGGCAGCAUGAGUGUGGUGAUUGCAGGAGCAGAGAAACUACUACCAAGGCUAUUGCAAAAACAGCUGAAGAGUCAGUAUCAUGACUUCCUCAUCUCAAUCUUGCAGAAUGAAAGCCACAUGAGUGAACAAGAUGGAAGCCAGAAGGUCUCCACCCGGCAGAAUUGACUCUUUAGUAAAUAACCUCAAAGCCCAAGACUACACAUGGUGCAGAGAUGGACAUCUCAUCUAAGACCAUGGAGGAGGGUAGUAUCAUUCACCAUAAUGCAAUCCAUCAAUUCAAAUUCUCUUCUCUGGAAACAUAUGCUCUACUAACAGAAAGGGUAGCAAUAAAAUUAAUGGCGAUUUAUGA